UUUAAAAUGGAAAACGAUCAAGAAAGUAAGAAUAAUAUGGACGUGUAUAGAGGAGUAAGGAAGAGAAAAUGGGGGAAAUGGGUGUCUGAGAUACGCGAACCAGGAAAGAAAACACGAAUAUGGUUGGGGAGUUAUGAGAAAGCAGAAAUGGCUGCUGCUGCUUAUGAUGUUGCUGCAUUUCAUCUAAAAGGUGAGAGACCAAACUUAAGGCUCAAUUUCCCUGAAUUAAUCCAUACAUUCCCAAAACCCUCAAGUUCAAGACCUGAAGAUGUACAAAUGGCAGCUCAUGAAGCGGCAAUGAGGUUCAAACCUUCAAUUGAUGAUCAUCCCGAGGAAUGUGGUGUAGGCCCGGUGAGAGUAGGUCUCUCACCGAGUCAAAUUCAGGCGAUUAAUGAAUCCCCUUUGGACUCACCCAAAAUGUGGAUGGAGUUAGCCGGGGCUCUAUUACCUGUCAGAGAAUACACUUGUCCCACCGAUUAUUUUGAGGAUGAAACCCAACACCAUCAUGAGUCCAUUUGGGAUUUUUAAUUCCAUAUAUUUUAGACAAAAUUAUUGUGGGCCAACAAAAGGAAUUUGAUGUUAUUAUUUUCUUCUUCUUGGAGGUUUAAAUUUUUGUUUAAUAGAGAUUCUUUGCAAGAAUAAA